AUGGAGCUCGCCUUGGGGGCCAUGGCCGGCCUGGCCCCCAAGCUGGGCGAGCUGCUCACGGCGGAGUACGUCGUGCAGAAGGGCCUCAAGCCCGACAUCGAGUCCCUCUCCAAGGAGCUUGUGAUGAUGAAAGCCUCUCUGGAGGACUCGUCUCGGGUACCACCGGACCAGCUCAGUGAGGUGGAAAAGCUCUGGGCACGGCAGGUCCGGGAGCUGUCGUAUGACAUGGAGGACACCGUCGACGACUUCAUCCUGCGCGUGGCUAAUGGUGGCAAGUCUGCAACUGCCACCGACGCCAACGUCUUCAAGAAGAUCCUUGGCAAGGCCACCGCUGCAAUGAAGAAGGUCAAGCAUCGCCACCAGAUCUCCGACAAGGUCAAAGACAUAAAGAAGCUCUCCAACGAGUUGGCUGAGCUCCGUGCCAAGUACACAGUUAGAGGCGUGGGAGCUGAUCUUGCCGCGAGCACUGGCAUCGACCCCCGUGUCCUCAAUCUCUACAAGAAAGAGUCGGAUCUCGUUGGCAUCGAAGAGUCAAGGGACAGAGUCAUCAGGAUGCUAUCUAUAGGGACCAAAGAUGAUGCUCAUGCUCAUGCUUCUGAUCAGGACCUAAAGGUAGUGUCUAUAGUCGGGUUUGGAGGAUUGGGUAAGACUACGCUAGCCAUAACGGUGGUUGAUAUGCUUAAGAAACAAUUCGGUUGUUCUGCUUUUAUUUGUGUUGGUAGCACUCCUAAUCUGACUAGGACAUUUGAGAAGAUAUUAGUGGAAUUCGAUAAGAAGUAUAAGCAAGUCGACAUGGCCAGAUGGGAUAUAGAGCAAUUUGGAAACGAACUGCAUGAAUUCUUAACGGAUAAGAGGUACUUCAUUGUUGUUGAUGACAUAUGGGAUGUUGAAUCGUGGAAAGCGAUCAGAUAUGCCUUGAAGGACAAUAAUUGUGGAAGUAGAAUUAUCAUGACUACUCGUAAUUUUGAGGUUGCCACAAAAGCAGGAGAGGUUUACAGACUGAAACCUCUUUCUCAUGGAAACUCUAAGAAAUUAUUCUACAAAAGAAUACAGAGCCAUAAAGGAGAAAGUGUUGAUGGUGUAUCAGAUGAAUUGUCUAGUAAAAUCAUAGAUAAGUGUGGCGGCAUACCAUUGGCUAUCAUUGCAAUGGCUAGUUUAUUGGUUGAAAGACCAUAUGAUGACUGGUCAAAGGUUUAUGACUCAAUUGGUUUUGGGAAUGGAGACAAUACAACGAAGAUACUCUCAUAUAGCUACUUUGAUCUACCUUCUUAUUUAAAACCAUGUCUACUGCACCUAAGCAUAUUUCCGGAAGAUAAUAUCCAUGGUAAAAAGAGUGUCAUUUGGAUGUGGAUAGGUGAAGGUUUUGUCCAUCUUGAGAAAGAGGACGGCAGCCUAUUUGAGGCUGGAGAAAGAUACUUCAACGAGCUUGUCAAUAGAAGCAUGAUCCAAACGAUGGAAGACAGAUAUGAUCGGUUCACACAAUGGUUCCUUAUUCAUGAUAUUGUGUUUGAUCUCAUCAGCAAGUUGUCGAGAGAUGAAAACUUUGUUACGUUUUUGGGAAGCAUGGAGCAACAUGCAUCUCCAGACAGUUUAAGGAGAGAGAAGAAUACCAGCAUGCCUCGUUCGGACAGCAAGGUACGCCGGCUGGCUGUCAAAAAUCACCAUGUGCAACGCAUCCGUGAAGACGCCAUGGACAUGCCAGAGGUGAUGAGGUCACUUAACAUUUUUGAUAGUAAGAUUGAGGUUAUGGCCCCACUUCAUAGCUUCAGAGUUUGCCGUGUGCUAAAUAUAGAAAACUGCUACGUCCCGAUUAGCCUAAAGCAUAUAGGGACGUUGUUGCAUCUCAAGUACUUAGAGAUAUCUGACACACCUGUUGAUGAGCUUCCUAAGGAAAUUGGGCAUCUGAAGUCUCUCCAGACACUGUACUUAGAGAAAACAGGGCUAGACGAGCUGCCACCGGCUGUUUGUUCGCUUACACAGCUGAUGUGCCUGGUAGCUGUUGGGUUUAGAAGGUUGCCAGCUGACAGGAUGGGGAGCCUAACAUCCCUUGAGGACCUACGGCUAGACAGCGUAGUUGGUCGGAAUGCCACUGAGGACCUGGUGGUAGCGCUUGGGAAGCUGACGAGGCUGAGGGUGGCCACUAUCACCUUUUCCGAGGAACUAGAUGAAAACUUGCAAAAAGCAUUGGUGCAAUCUCUUUGCAAUCUGCAGGAACUCCGAGAACUAGUGCUUCCUUCUACAGGAUCAGCGCAACAGGGAGCCAAUGCGUGGGAAGACUGGGAGACACCUAGGCAGCUCCGUCAACUGCUUAUACACUGCAUCAUUUUGUCACGGCUGCCUCGGUGGAUCAAUCGCUGCAGCCUGCCCUGCCUCUGCUCCUUAUCUGUGAUCGUGUAUACUGUUGAAAAACAGGACCUAGAUAACCUGGCGAGACUGCCAGAGCUGAGCUACCUCCUGCUAGGGGGUUUCAACUGGCCUCCAGGGUAUACUGUUGGUAAGGACGGCUUCAGGAAUUUGAGGUUCUGUGAUGUGGGCACAGCGCUCAAGUUUCAUGCCAAGGCUCGAAGAGCUGUGUUCCCAACAAAGGAUGAAAUCGAAGAUCUUGACUUGGGCCUGGAUAACCUCCUUUCACUUGAGAAAGUCACCGUCACAGUCUUCUGCUCGGGUGCUACUGCCGCAGAAGUGCAGGAGGUGGAGGCCAUGGUCACGCGUGCGGUGGAAAAUCAUCCCAACCGCCCAACUAUAAAAGUGGAUCGAGCAGGUGAAGAAAAUAUGUUAUCUGACGAAAAAAGCGAGGAUCUGCUUCAGCAACACAUUCAACCACGUUGCCGUGUGCUCCGGUCGAAGGAUGAUCCUGAUGCUAGGUUCAUCGCCCACCUGCAGUCGUACCGACUUCUUCAGAAAGCCGUUAUUUCCAUCGACUGUGCGGGUGCCAGCCUGUGUGAGGUGGAGAAAAUGGAACCAGCUUUUAGGCAUGCAGCCGAGGUUCACCGUAAUCAUCCAACUAUCCAUCUGAUCAGAACAAACACCGACGAAAUGGUCUCCUCAUCUGACCAUCCCGACACAGAGACAAUCCCAAUGCCAAAGAAAAAUGGGUAUCCAACAAUGAUCUUAUACAGUGAGUGGUCGGUUUGUGUUGGGAUAACGGAUCCCAACAGAAUGAGGCAGCCGGUUGCUCUGGCACCAAUCAUCCUAGAUGAUGCUAUUAGCUCAUGGAUGAUGGCAGGGUACAAGGGCCUCUCGGCGCUUGUUUGCCGUUGA